GAGAGCGGCUCCGCAGCCCCGCGCCCCCGCGCCUCCGGGCCUCCUCCAAGAGCCAGCUCACUGAGCAGAGCCCGGCGGGCGGGCGGCAGGAUUUGGGAACUGUAGGUGGGGAGGGACUAAGGCUACCGCCCCCGGGCCUGCGGAGCCAGCUCCCCGCGGGCUGGGGAUGUAAAAGCCUUUCCAGAUCUCUGCUCCCGGCCUCAGUCGGAGUUCCUCCAGGAGCCCAAGGAGCGCAGUGCUCAGCGAGCUAGGACCUCGGUCCAGGACCGAGAGAGCUGGAGACAAAGACACCCUAGAGCCCCCCCUCCCUACCCCUGUCCUUGUCUCCGCCUGCCGGUCCCUUGCUCCGAACCGGUGCAGGGCCGCCUAGGACAAGACCCCGCGGCGGGACAGGGGAGAGCCGGCUGGGCCCGGAGCCGCUCCGGGGUUUAUGCCCUAGUCGGUUCGGGCCCGGCGGGGGACGUGGCUGCAGAGGAUGGGGAAAUCCAACAGCAAGUUAAAGCCUGAAGUGGUAGAAGAACUGACCAGGAAGACUUACUUUACUGAGAAGGAAGUCCAGCAGUGGUAUAAAGGCUUCAUCAAGGAUUGUCCCAGUGGCCAGUUGGAUGCUGCAGGAUUCCAGAAGAUCUACAAACAGUUCUUCCCCUUUGGUGACCCCACCAAGUUUGCUACGUUUGUUUUCAAUGUCUUUGAUGAAAACAAAGAUGGGAGGAUAGAGUUCUCGGAGUUCAUCCAGGCACUCUCGGUGACCUCUCGGGGGACCCUGGAUGAGAAGCUAAGAUGGGCAUUCAAGCUAUACGACUUGGAUAAUGAUGGCUACAUCACAAGGAAUGAGAUGCUGGACAUUGUAGAUGCCAUUUACCAGAUGGUGGGUAACACUGUGGAGCUUCCAGAGGAGGAGAACACCCCAGAAAAGAGGGUGGAUCGGAUCUUUGCCAUGAUGGACAAGAAUUCAGAUGGAAAGCUGACACUGCAGGAGUUCCAGGAGGGCUCAAAGGCUGACCCUUCCAUUGUCCAGGCACUGUCCCUCUACGAUGGGCUUGUAUAGUCCUAAGGCCAGAGCAGGGAUGCCUGCAGACUGCCUGCCUCCCUCUGUGCCAUCAGACCACCUCAGUAAUGAAGCUCGUCCACUUGUCUCUCUCUCUCCAGCCUUCCUUUACGCACAGCAGGGCUGCACACGAAAUGUGAGGUCCCUUUCCCCCAUUCCUUCUCACCCUCUGCAUCCCCUUACUGUGCCCUGAAGUCACUGUCUCCAUUUGCCAACUUCUGCUCGUCGGAGGAAAAACAGCGGCAAUUACCUGCAGAACAAGGACACCUACUGCAUCACAGAAGAGCCUCAUUGUUUUCUCUCUCAUGCCCAUGCUUUUAUUUUUUAUUUAGAACAGACAUUUUUAAAAAUGCCCUUCUGUUCUAGAACAUGUAGACUGAAAAAUGAUGAUGGCCCUGGGUUACUCAGAAAAUUCUCCAGCUUCCUUCCUACUGGUGGCUGGAAAGAUUGUUGGGAAGAUAUGGCUUUGGUUCUUGGACUGGGCCAGAUGUGUUUGGGAGAUGAUUGAUGUUUUUUUGUCAUCCAGUCCUUUUAGCAGCAGAACAACCUGCGUGGCUAGGAUGAUUUAUUAUUAUUAAUUUUUAUCAUUAUUAUUUUUCGUGAUAUCAGUAUUGUGUUUUUUUUGUGGGAAAGUGAGUUUUUUUAUACAUAUAUAUGAUCAAUAUCUUUAUUUAUUGGUUGUUAACUGUUGCUGCUGUCUGGUAUGUCUGAGCCCCAAGUGUCCAGGGGCAAAACGUUUACAUGUGCACGCACGCCCCCAUGCUCGCUCAGGAGGACGGUGGCCCACAGUGGCCAAGAAGCCAAAAAUACUUUCCCAGAUACUGUGCUUGGUUUUUGGACUGGGGUUAGGGAUGAAAUUCUUGAAAGGGGUUACAUACCCGUCUCUCUUCCAGACGCUUGCUUCUCUGGGUUCCCUUGCUUCCUCACGGCUUCCUCCUUUCCCUUGUCCUCCUUCCUUUCUCCCCCCCUUCCCCCUUCCCCCCAGCAUUCUUCUGCAUGGCUCUCAUGCUCAUGCUCAGAAAGAGACCCCAGCUGCUUUUGCAUUCAGAUUUUCAUUUGGCCUGGAUGCCUUUUCUUGCUUCUUGCUUUUGUGUCUUGGGCAGAGUAGAGGAAUUGAGUUUCUUGAAAGGUUGCACCAAAAAAGACUGUUUUGGGGAGAGAACUCAACGGAUUCUUUUAGUGGAGAGCUUAGAGAAGGGGAAAUCCACUGUAUUCACAGAAGAGUGAACUGCUGCUGUUAGCCAAAUCUUGAGUAUCCCUCUCUCUUUUGGGAAGCUUGCAAAUGAUUCCCAAAUCUUCCCACUUGUCAUAUUCCCUUCUCCCCCAAUCCUUCCUUCCCCAAGGAAAGACACAGGAAUUUAAGUAUUUGUACCCCUUUGGCUCACACAUAGUAGACACUUACCUAAAUGUUUAUUGAAUUGAGUUUUCCUUGGGUCCAGUGGGUGAACAAUUAUAGGGAAAGAAGCUUGUUCAGAGAGAUAGUUUCCUAUCAAUUUGACUCAAUUGGACAAUCAUUUAUUUAGCUCCUACUAAGUGAAAGGGUGGUAGGCCCUGAGAAUAUGAAGACAAAAACAAAACAUUCCUGGCCCUCCAGGGGCUUACAUUCUAUGGUCUAUCAGGCAGUAGCCUUGUAUCUCUUUGGGGGGGAAGCUCUAACCUCUUCCUGGAAGUUGAGAAAAAUAGCUAAACCACGAUAUUCUAGAAAAUGUUGCCAAAUCUUUUAGAGGGAAGGACAAACAGAAAACCAGCCAGAGAGUUCCAUGGGUGAUGCCAUGUAACUUUCUGUUUCCUUUGAUGUUUGAUGAAUGUCCUGCCAUCUUGUUUUUCCUUCAAGUCUAAAAGAGGGAAGAUAAUGUGUGAGGCCUGGCUAUUCACAGCUCUUAGCACUUUCCCUUAGCUAGAUAAUUGGGAAGUGUUAUGACUGGCCUGUAGGGAGCAUGCCUUAUAAAUUCAGUCCUAUUACAGUGACAAUUAAUGUCAAUCACCCAAGAAUUAGCAUCCUGGUCUUUGUGUUUUUAUUCCCUUACUAUCCCUGCUCUGACCUAUUACCACAGAGUUGGCCUUGGAAACAGCUGGUACCCAGCAUGACUUGGUUGACGUCUGCCCUUAUCUGAAACCCUAGUCCCCACUGUGGGCAGAUAACCUUGGACAUUUUGUGGGCCACAUCCCUCUCUCCUUCUCCAUAGUUCCUUGUCCCUUCUGCGCUUCUCUGACAAAGAUCUCUCUUCUGGGGAAGGGGCAUUCUGGACUUUGUGACUGCUCACCCUAUCUAAACACUCUGCUAUGUCUUCCUUUUGAUAUCUAGAGUUUUCAAACCCACAUAAGGCUCAAACCCAAAGCUUCUCCUACAGCCACUUAUCCCCCUGCCCCAAAAUCCCAACCAUCCUCUUUCUUUGGGGUCUUGUGGGCUCUCCUUCCUGCCCCCUCCAUGAUGCCCCCCCCACUGCUGUUUUGUUGUGUGAACUGCAGCUAGUUUUGAUUCCUUAUCCAGAUCUUCACCUCUUAUUUUAACUCCAGGGGAUGAGGGUGGGACCAUUGGGAUCUCAUGGCUUUAUUCGCUGGCAUUUUCAAGGGUCACCCUUCCUCCUUGGGGGAAACAGUAUGAAAAUUCUUCUUAUACAGCUCAAGCUUGUUCUCCCUUUCCACCAACCUCAACAUACUUGGGGAGGGUGUUGGGUAUGAGCAAGUUAGGGAGUGAGUCCUUAUCCUCUCUAAACCAAGGAGGACCCUUCCUGGUUAAGUUUUCUCUCUGCCUUUGUCUAUUUCCUAAAGAGCUCCCUUACCUUUCUCUUGGCUGUGAUGCUGGGUAAAGAAUCUUCUUAAGCUCAACCAGAUGGCUUGUUGAGGAAUUUCUUGGAUCAGAGAUUGAGGAGGCACUGUUGUUUAAGUCUGUAUGCCUCCUGACCCAUUUGUGGGCUCUCUGAGCUCCCAUAAUCAUCUCUUAACAUGGAUAGCACCUUUAUUGGGCUAGCUAUGGAAAGAUACUUCUUCCAGCUCCCUCCUGAAUGCUGAAGGCUAGACUUCCUAGGGUUUUUUCAAUUGGCAAAGACAGCUGGGCCGGGCCAGAGAAUUCCACUGGGGAGCAACCUUCCCCCUCUCUUAGGCUCCCUGACCAGAUGUUAAGAAUCACAUGAAAUAACAAAUUACCAGUGUCAAGCAGAGAGGCGGUAUCACUGAGUGGAAAUCAGACCUGGGUUCAAGUUCCUUUUCUGCCUCCUAUUUGCUAUAUGAUUUUGGGCAAGCUGCUUCCUUUUUCUGAGCCUCAGUUUCCCCAUGAGUGGGGACAGAUGGGCAGGGCUGAUUAUCUAUCUGACUUUCUUUGGGAUUUGGUUGUUUCAAAGAGAAGGUGAGCACUAACUAGCCAGGGUGGACUAUGAUUGGUGGUAAGGGUAGAAAUGUUUGUUUUCCCUCACCAUCCCCCACAAAAAAAUAAAUCAUAAACAGACCCCUUCCUCUUUGUGAAUAAAAAAAAAAUCAACAGCUUUCUGGCCCUCUCUUCCCCAACCACCACUCCUUUGGUAGCACUAUCACCCAUAGAAAGAGAGGGAGGCAGCUAAUAGGCAUGCCUUCUUGCCUCUUAUUUCAAACUCUCAUUACCUUUUACAUUUUCCUCUUGUGGACUAUAUCCACCCAAGUAAUUGACCCAUGACAAACUAACCUUUAGCAGGUGGGUCCUUUCUUCAUGUUAUAGGGGUCAGCUGAUGUGGGUACUAUAUACCAAUGCAGUGUUUGAUGAAACCUAAAAAAGUCCCUGAUAACUGUAAGUAUUUCCUGGUGAAUUGGGGGAAGGGGAGGGAAUAUGCAUUUAUAUAGCACCUACUAUGUGUCAGACACUGUGCCGAGUGCUUUACAAAUAAUAUUUCAUUUGAAUUAAGAUUUCCUUUGGAUACAAUGUCCCCUCUCUGUUCCACCUCAGACUAAAUUUGGGAUAAGUUUUUUGGAGUCUUUCAAUGGCUACAUAGAGAUUAGGGCCAUAUAUAUGGCUUCUGAAUGGCAAAGUUCAGAAAGGUCAGCCUCCAUUGCUGCUCUCGAAUUGUUCUUGUGAAUAAUACUGUGUUUUCCUCUUCUUCCCUCUUAUGGAAGGAAUUCUGUGUGUCUUGGCUCAUCAGAUGUAGUUUUUUGGAGGGGGGGGGUCAUCUCAUUCAUGCCUUCUUACAUAAGACCAUUUUUGUGUCCAGUGAGACCUACUUGAGGUACCAGAGUUAGCACAUGGAACCUUGAGAGUUGUGCUGCCCUUUCCUUAAGUGACCCCAGGCAAGUGGUUUCCUUUUUUUUUUUUUUCAAUUCAGGUUCCCUAUCUGUGAAGUGGGGAUGAUGCCAAUCUACAGCAUGCCUUAAAGGAGGUCAUGCUGAGUAUCAAAAAUAUUCCUGAACAUUAGGAUUAAGGAUGAGUAGUGUGGAGUAUGUCUCUAGAAGGCUCUCCAUGCCCUCUUCCCUCUUGCUGUUAAUGACAUGUAGGUCCCACAAAGGCAGCAUAGUGCUUUCCAAGAAGCCCAUUCUUAUCUUGCUGGUGGAGAUGGAGGUCAUUCAUUAUUUCCUUGCUACAGGUUGUAUAGUAAAGGCCCAUCUUGAUGAUAGAUCCCCAUAGAAAGCAUCACUCCAGUCUUUCCCUAUAAUCUUCCACCUCCCCCCUCCAUUCCCCCCCAUUUAGCCUGGAUCCUUUCUUUUGCAAGUCUCCUGGUCCACAAAUCCUUUAAGGAAUCUUUAUUUAGUACCCCAGCCCCUGAAGGAAUUCCUUUCACUUCCACUGUUUUUUUUCUGCAUGAUGCCUGGACCCAUUUCAGAGCUGCUUCUCUGGGUCCUGGCUUCUUUGCUCACAAGUGACAGACAUCUCUUCCAGUGAUGCCCAGGUACCAGGAGGGAACCUUGAGCCUCCCAGGUGGGGAAGACAAGAGCCAAUACCAUGUGUUCUAUCUAAUCUGGCUGGGGACAAGAAUUUUCAGAUUCUGGGCUGUUCCCUGCUGUAUCUGCUCCUACCCCCGCUGAUCCUUAGCCCCUAUCCCAGCCUUUGCCUCCCAACAUGUCUGCUUCCUACUUUUUGUUGAUGGUGACUUGUGAGAAUUUCAUAAUUUUCUAGUGAUUAAAUAUUUAACCAUGCAGCAUUUCAAAUAAUGUUAAGACAAAUGUACACAUCAUUUAUACUGACAUCUCUUCCUUAUGAAAUGCUUUUAAGUUUGACAACAAACUUCCUUAUGAGACAGAUGUCAGUCUUUUCUUAAAGGGACACUGUCUCCUUAUUCUAGGUGGUGGGUGCUCAUACUCAGUAACUCCAGGCCUGGAACGGUUUCUUCCAGAAAUCUGCCUCUACUGUUGACCUAGGAAAACCGAGUCUGAGUUUUAGAGCCGGACGCUGAGACCCAUGUACACUCCCUGGUGGUAAUAAGUAGUUACUACACCCACUUUUCCAGGGCUCUCCGUUCAUCUUGGGGAUAUAUAAGUUGGUCAGCCAGGUGAUUUCUGCUGUUUUUUUUUGGACAAGGAAGCUAAGGGUUUGGGUGGGAAGGAGGCUUCGGUUUAAAAAUGCUUUAGGCUUCUGGUUCCAGUUUUCCUACAAUGUUUCUUUCAACUACUUCUUAACCCACCCCCAGAUUUGCUACCGCUUCCCCCACCCACUCCUCACCCCAAGGGAUGUCAGAAUUAAUUAGCUUAUGGUCACUGUGAUCUGAAGCCUUGCCCUUUUUUUUUUUAAAAGAUAUCUGCAGAAUAAUUCCAAUGAUCGAUUUUUGAAUGAAUAAAGUUUUUGUUGAAUAACACAGCUGGUCCCAUCUUCUGUUGUAUAGCCCUGGUCAGCCUCCCUACCUGUAGUGAUGGUCCCUCAAUAGGCCUGGUUGUUUUCUAUUUUCUAGAGACGGGGUAAAUUCAAGGUACCCUUCCCCUUCGUGGAUUUUCUUCCCCACUUCUCUUCUUGGGAAACUAACAUUGGCAUCAGACUUGGGAUCCUAGGCUCAUCCUAGAUUCAUAAAUCUGGAGCUGAAAGGACCUCGUGGGCCCUUUAGUCCAACCGCCUCAUUUUCCAUAGAUGUCUUUCGUAGCUUUGACAGCUCACCCCACAGGGCAACAGCUUGAGAAUAUUUGGGUUCCAGCCCCAGCUUUGCCUACUAGCUUCCUGUAUGACUGUAGGCAGGCACGUCACUCCCACUCUCUGUGACUCAUCUGUCCAAUGGCACCCACCAGUCCAGUCCCACCUACCUCACAGGGUUGUUGUGGGGGUCCACUGAGCUGAGAUGAUGGACAGGAGUGGACACUUUGCAAAGCUGAGAGUGACAUGUAAAUAGAGAGCAUUAUAAAUUGUCAUUGUUCCCCCACUUAGGAGUUUUGUCUUGUUUGGAAACAAAUCAGGUGGCUCUUUAAGAGCAGCAAAGUUUCCUGGGGGUGCUGGGUUUUUCUUUCCUUUUUUUUUUUUUUUUGGUUGGCUUGCUUGCUAGUCUCUGCCUUCUUCCCUGCUGGAGAUGCCUUUCUGCCUGGUGUGCAUGUGUGUGUGUGUGUGUGUGUGUGUGUGUGUGUGUGUGUGUGU